CGCGUCCCUCCCAUGAUGAGUACCUCAGCCCGCGGACCCGCUCGCCCACAGUCGGAGACGAGGAGAGGGCAGAGCGAGUAUCUGGAGCGGACGCUGGCCGGAUGGUUAAAUCUAACCUUCAGACGAUUUUGAAUAGCCAUUGUUUUGUUAGAGAAAAAGAGAGACACUUAACCGAGAUGCCUGUCAACGAGCAGUCCAGUAAUAAAACUGAAAGCGAGAGUAUCUCCAGUCCCAGGAGGUGCUCUCACUGCUGCAGUUACCCGUGUCCAGGGCCUCUGUGGUGCUCCGAUGCCCCUCUCCCACCCCUGAAGAUCCCAGGUGGGCGAGGGAAUGACCAGCGGGAUCGCAAUCUUUCAGCUAAGCUAUUCUAUUCCGAUGCUCAGCUACUGGUUCUGGAAGAGCCCCCCCCUGCCAACGGCAGGGUGCGCUUCUUGCUCUUCGAGCCACGCCGCUCGGAAGGGAAGCUCUGUGUCUGGAGGGCGGCGCUGAAAGGAGGGAACCUUUACGUUGAAAUCCCCCCUGGAGCUUUGCCCGAGGGCAGCAAAGACAGUUUCGCCCUCCUGCUGGAAUUUGCAGAAGAACAGCUGCAGGCUGAUUACGUCUUCAUCUGCUUUCACAAGAGCCGUGAUGAUAGAGCAUCCCUCCUGCGUACAUUCAGUUUCCUGGGCUUUGAGAUUGUGAGACCAGGUCAUCCCCUCGUCCCCCCCCGCCCUGACGCUUUCUUCAUGGCUUACAGCAUCGAACGAGACUCCUCCGAUGAUGACUAGAAAAACGCUGAGCAGUUACAAACGUUUGUUGUACUUCUUUUGGUCCCUACCCACAAAUCGUUAUCAUUUUUUGGGAGAUGAAAAUAUUAUUCCAGCUCAGUAUGGUUGAGGUUUCCUGCUCCUUCGUGUUUGACUUAUACCUCCCACGUGCUGUGUUUCAAUGAUUUUGCACUAGGGUAAGAUGUUAAUAUACCAGGAAUGUAAAGCAAGCGCCCACAUAAUAUCAGGGCAUUGUGUCCUCACCACUGUAUGACCCUUUGUGAUGUGUAGUUCUCAUUCCCCUUCAGCACCCCUGCCCCCCCCCCCCCUCCUCAGAAUAAACCCUGAUCGUCUCCACAGUGUGAUAUUUAUGAUAAAUUCAAAUUCAUCUUACUCAUGUAAGUAGACAUGUCUUCAUAGCAAGUAUCAGUUGAUUCUCCAGUUUGUAUUGAUUUUUUUUAAAUGUGUGCAUGAUUUUCAUUUGUGAUUUUAAUUCACUUGAUAGGAAUCUGCAUGUUGUAACUGUACUAAAUAAAAGUGCUCACCUAGAAAGUGG